AUAAAAAACUUCACUACCGGCGAUAGCAGCAGAACUCCUUAAACCCUCUCCUUACUCAGCUCCCUCUCUUUCAACUCAUACUCACACACAAUGGGCGAAUCAGUUCAAUGGAUUAAGUACAUCGAAUUGUACGUUAGCUCCACCGCCACUCCGUCCGAGCAGGCUGCCAGUGUGGAUGAAGUUGCCACUUUGCUGAAGAAGGGGAUUUUUAAUCUAGAAACACUUGUUAAGGAGAUGGAGAUGUAUUUGACUACUACCGAUAGCAUUGUCCGCUCUAGAGGGAAUCUCCUCCUUGCUGAACUGUUGGAUAAACUAGCAUCAAAGCCCUUAAGUAGCAGUUCAAUACAUAGCCUAGUAGGAUUCUUCACAGAAAGACUGGCAGACUGGAAAGCAUUACGUGGUGCACUUGUGGGCUGUUUGGCUUUGUUGAGGAGAACAGUGGAUGUUGGAAAUGUCACUGAUUCUGAUGCAAAGGCUGUUGCUGAGUCUUAUCUCCAAAAUCUUCAGGUUCAGUCCUUGGGCCAACAUGAUAGGAAGCUAAGCUUUCAACUCUUGGAAUGCUUAUUAAAUCAGUAUCCGGGUGCAAUAGGGGAUUUGGGAGAUAACCUUGUUUAUGGAAUCUGUGAGGCUGUUGAUGGGGAAAAAGAUCCUGAGUGCUUAUUGCUUGUCUUUCAUAUAGUGGAAUGUCUUGGACAGAUAUAUCCCGAUCCUUCUGGCCCUUUAGCAAAUUAUGCGGAGGAUAUGUUCGAAAUUCUAGGAAGUUAUUUCCCGAUCCAUUUCACACAUCCAAAAGGUGAGGAUGAUGACACAAAGAGAGAAGAACUAUCGAGGGCAUUAAUGUUGUCAUUUGCUUCUACACCUCUUUUUGAACCUUUUUCUAUCCCGUUGCUGCUAGAGAAACUUUCAUCUUCUCUUCCGUCAGCUAAGGUGGAGUCAUUUAAGUAUCUUAGCUGUUGCACAGCAAAGUAUGGACCAGAAAGGAUGGCAAGCCACGCUGAAGUUCUUUGGUCUUCUGUAAAAGAUGCCAUAUAUAUAUCACCUCAGUGUACCCUGACCAAGGAGUCUGAAUUACUCGGUGGAAUGGGCUUUAAGGAUAGUGAUGUUAUGAUGCAAGCUUUUAUACUCCUGCAGGAAGUUAUUCAACAAUAUGGUGAUUUCAUUAGUUUAGUUUUAGGUGACAAUGACAUAAAUGCCUUCAUGAAUUCCCUGAGUCAGUAUAAGGAGAUGGAUGAUAUUCCUUCACUAGCAAAACAGAGAUUGCAUGUGGUUGGUCACAUUAUGUCCACUUGUGCUAAACCCUCACCUGCUUUGUGCAAUAAAGUCUUUAACAGUUUCUUUCCGCUCCUCAUGGAAAGUCUGGGGCUUUCAGUUGAAAAAUCAUUAAAUGGCUACCUAGAUGAAGAUUGUUCUCCUCCUGCCAAAUUUAAUUUUGCAGCUAUUUAUCUCUGCACAGAACUUCUUGCAGCAUGCAGAUAUGUGGCUGUCUCCCUCGACAGUUCUACCCCAACCCUUGAAUUUUCUCAACAGACAUGGUCUACCAUGCUUAAAAAUUCCUGUAAAUCACUAGUAAAAACAUUCUUUUCCCUCUUAAGAUCAACGGAAGCUGAUCAAAGAGCACGUUCUGGUGUUUACUUUGGAGUUAAGGGCCUGGAAAUUUUGGCUACAUUUCCAGAAAGCUUCCUUCCGGCAUCAAACUCCUUAUAUGACAAUAUAUUGUCAGAGUUUGUCAGAACAGUUACUUCAGGCAGCCACGAGACAUUCUUGUGGAUAUUGACUUUGAAGGCACUGACAGAAAUUGGCCUUUUUGCCAAUAAACAUCCAGAAUCUGCAAAAGCUGUCAUCUUUGAGAAAAUUGUUGUAGAAAAGUUUGUCUUCCUGAUACCUUCUGGUGAAUCAGCUAUGCCUUCAUCACUCAAACUGAAAGCUGCUUUUGAAAUCGGUGGAACAAGGAAGGAGUUCAUGUUCAAAGUUGUUCAUGCGUUAUCUGCAGCCAUAUAUACCAAUUUCUCAGCUGCUUAUGAUGAAGGGAAUCAUGAAUCUGGAAAAUUGAUGAUCCAGCUUCUUGAUACUUACACUGAAAAGGUGCUUCCAUGGUUUCUUAAGAUUGGAGGCUUUGAGGAAAUUCCACUGAAUUUUGCCCUCGGUAUCUGGGAGAAGAUUGAACAUACUAUGUACUUAAACCUCAGUGCCCUGGAAAUUGCUAUGGGAGCAGGUUAUAAGGAUCUUCUCAGUGCAAUAAUGACUGCAAUUAAGAAGGCUGUUGGGAGUUGUUCGAAAGAAAGGCAGGAAAUAAUCAUUAAUAAAGCCUUUGGAGUACUUUCUUCAUGUACCGGUUUUGGGUUUGAAUCUGGCAGUUCUCUUGUAAAGGAGGAAGAUGUGAAGCAAAAUCUCAAUCCCGGCGACUCUUCCUGUAAACAUGAGUGGCUUACUUCAUUAUUUGCUUCAGUCAUUAUAGCUCUCCGCCCUCAAACAAGUAUACCAAAUGGAAAAAUGAUUAUACAGCUGUUCAUAAAAAGCCUCCUUAACGGACAUGUUCCAUCUGCUCAUGCACUGGGUUCUUUAGUUAAUAAACUGCCUUUGGAGAUCAAAGGAAUGAACUGUUCUGAAAAUCUGACUCUGAACAAGGCACUGGACAUGAUAUCUCCUACUUUUACAGGGAUUUCUCACCAUGAUAACGUUUCUCAAAAUAAUGGCAGUGGAAUUGAUUUCAGUAGUUUAAGAUUAAAUACCUUAAGAAUGCAAUCCGGGAUUAACACCGCAAUUGGAUUGGCAUGGAUUGGUAAAGGAUUACUUACGAGGGGGCAUGAAAAGAUGAAAGAUAUAACCAUGGCUUUAUUGAGUUUGUUGAUGUUGGAUCGUGAAGGUGCAGACUCAAAAGAGCUCCAAAUUAUUGAUGUAGAAGACAUGCAUCAGCUGAGAACAACUGCGGCUGAUGCAUUUCAUAUCAUUAUGUGUGACUCUGGAGAAUGCCUGAGUCGAGCGUAUCAUGCAACCAUACGACCGCUCUACAAGCAACGUUUUUUCAGCACCAUCAUGCCAAUUUUUUUGUCCUUGGUGAUAAAAUCUGAUGCAUCGCUUGUCAGCCCUACAUACACUUCCAGAUCUAUGCUAUAUAGAGCCUUUGCACACGUUGUGUCUGAUACUCCCGUGAUUGCUGUUUUGGCUGAAUCCAAAAAGAUUGUCCCUAUUUUAUUGGAUUGCUUGUCCGUGCUGAGCAAGGAUGUGGCUAACAAGGAAAUUAUUUACAACGUUUUACUUGUCAUAUCAGGAAUAUUGCUCGAGAAAAAUGGACAAGAAGCUGCAGUAGAAAAUGCACCUAUCAUUAUAAACCUGCUUAUUGAUCUCACAACAUACCAACACAUGAUGGCUAUUCGAGAAACAGCAAUACAGUGUCUCGUUGCUAUGACUGAGCUUCCCUACACUAGAAUUUAUCCUUUGAGAACUAAGGUUUUACAAGCUACAUCAAAGGCACUUGAUGAUCCUAAGAGGAUUGUUCGUCAAGAGGCUGUCAGAUGUCGACAAUCUUGGGCUUCAAUUGCGUCAAGAACUCUUCGCUUCUAAAACUAAGAGUAUUUUGUUGCUGAGAUAUUGUUACAAGUAAGAAGCUUUGUCGCAGAUAGUAUUCUUGUGUUGUAGCAGUAACAGUAAUUUUGUGUAGAUUUCAUAUACUGGCAUUGAUGUAUAUUCUCUAUAAUCAUUGCUUCUCUUUAUUUA